CCGCCAGCCGGCCUCAACAAAGAAUGUUGGUGACUGUUCUUGGUCUGGAUUCCAGCAUCAAGUAUUUGAAAUAAAAUAAAGACUUUGAGGAGAGAACAUAAGACAUAAUGGAAUGUGUUACCCCUGGUUCGGAUAAGAGUUAUACAUGGGACCUUGGAAAGUUGUGGAAAAAGAUGAGAACUACUCUUCUUCCUUCUCUCCCUUCCUCUACCCCUCAGCUCUCCCACUCCCCUUCUUGCAAGAGGAUUGAACUAGUGAUUAUAAAACUAUAAAAGAGUAUAUACAGCAUACAGUCAUGAAUAUAAUCACAAUUACUGGACCAACCUUCACAAUGUACUAUAUUACAAAAUGUAGAAGUGUGAUUCUCUUAGCAAUUCUGAAUCUCUUAGCAAUUCUCAAAGACUUAAACUAGAAAAUAUCUCAUGUAUUGUGUAUGUGUAGAGUCUGGCAUAAGAGAACGCUUUUCAGUUUGUAAGUAGUCUUUUAAUAUAACGGAGAGAGCCUGCAGUUUUUAAUUUUAAAGCUUGAUUAUCAGGAAGAGAAUUCACUCAGAUUUUUUUCUACUUUGUAUUGCUUGGCCAGCACAAUCCUCGUAUCUUGUCUUGUUUCCUUUCCAAGUCGAAGGGGACUUUGUGAGAAUUGGUAGUUAGAACAUCAAGAAAUUUUGAGGCUGUAAAUCAGGAAUGAACUAGGUAAUGAAAAGCAUGUAUAGUCCACCUAUUGAGAAAGACAAGUUUAUUUUUUUUCCCAUCUUAGUCAAAAGAUGAAGCUUUUAAUAAUCUGUGUGCAUAACUUUUUCUGCAGUAAUGUUUAUUUCUAUAGAUCUAUCUGGAAGAGAACUUUUAAGGAAAAUCUACCUUUUUAGGUGUCUUAAUGCACAUUGUCAAAUUAUCGUCUAUUGAAGACCUGAUUGUAAUAACAUAAUAUUAGAAACAAUUUGGGUAAUGGUUAACCUUGACAUUUAGAUAAUGGUUAAAGUAUGGUAUAUACUUAUGAUGAGAUGCAAAGCAAUUGUUUAAAAGAAUAAAGUAAGGUAAUAUACAUUGACCUUGAAAGAGAUCUAUAAGUUGUUGGGUAAGAAAUGCUUCUUACAGGGGCGCCUGUCUGGCUCAGUCAGUUAGGCGGCUACCUUCGGCUCCAGUCAUGAUCUCAGGGUCCUGGGAUCGAGCCCUGCAUCAGGCUCUCUGCUCGGUGGGGAGUCUGCUUCUUCCUCUCCCUCUGCCCUUCCCCCUGCUCAUGCUUGCACUCUCUCUCUUAAAUAAAUAGAUAAAAUCUUAAAAAAAAACCCAACGCUUCUUACAGAAAAAUAUUCAUAGUACAAUUCAAUUUCUUUAUAAAAACAAGAACAAAAAACAACUGUAUUUCAUUGAAAAAGCUCUGGAAGUUGACAUACAAACCUUUUAAAAGUGGUCUUUGGGAGUAGGAAUGGGAGAUUGGGAGGAAAAAUUGUUUUUACUUUAUGUUUAUUUUCAAGAAACACAUUUUUGCAAUAAAUUUUUUAAAAAGAUAACAGUAUAAUUAUAAUAGUGGCUAGCACAUAGCAGUUACCAUAUACUAGUGACCUUAUUUUUCUCCAUGCUUUAUUCAUUAAAUACCUUCUAACAACUGUGUGAGGUAGAUACAAUUCUUAUUCCCAGUUUAUAGAUGAGAAAACUGUUAAGGGGUUAAGUAACCUGUCUAGGGUGUAACAGAUGUAAGUGGUAGAGUGGGAGUCUGCCUUCAGUCUGUGCUCUUAACCACCCUAGUAAUAUAUGCCAGAUAAAUAUUGUCUGCCUUAAGUAGAAAUGACUUCAGUUAUGCUGGGUGUGAAGCCAGUCACAGAGGUCGGUUUUACUGAGGUUUUCCAGCUAUGUCUUCUCAAGUUCCUAGGUUAUGAUUGCUCAUAUAUUUUUAAUGCAGAAAGAAGAAUUUAGAUAUUGGUUUGGAAGUCCUUCAAAAAAGUAAGGUCUGGAAAAGAUACUGUUACAGCCAGUUUUCUCUUUGAUCAGCUACUUGAAGUGAACAUUCACUGUAUUUUAGGGAAGACUGGCUUCCACAGAGACCCAUGGGAAACUCCUGGUUCCUUAGUUCUUCUAUCAGAGCAGCUCAGGUCUUUUGUUUAUUUUAUACUUUGGGCUUCUGUACAAGAAGAACUGAUUCUGUUGGCUUAAAAUAAGUUUGACAGUCCUAGAAAACAGUUAAACUAGAAAAAAAAUUUAUCAUAUACCUCUUUUUCUGUCUCUUUCCUGUUAAAAUACUUUGUAGAACUCUAAAUUUAGGGAUGCUUUUGGCAUAGUUCUUUAUACUCCAGAGGCACUCCAAGUAUUUAAUUAAAUUACCUUUAGUGUUAAGUCUGUCUUAGCUUUGCUAGUUGAACUUGUUAAUCCAUUUUGAGUUCUGUCUAGUCUGUGUCCAUUUUUGUCUGUAGAAUGAGGUCACAGAGAUGUCCUACAGCUGUGUUGUAGGCAGUACAGUCCCCAAGAUUUGGUGGUGGUUAUGGGACUGUGACACCCACUGGGACUGCCUUAGAGGGAAAGGAAGGAAAGGGUAACUUCGUUUUUAUUUAGCAAACACUGUUCUAAGUACUUGACAAAUAAUAAAGCUCUUUUAACUAGUGGAUAGCUGAACAUCUCCCACCUACUGGGCACUUUACCUAUGUCCUGUGUUUAAUCCUCAGAGCAGCUUUGAGAGGUAGGGGUCUGUAUUUUUAUAUCUCUGUUUUACAAAUGAGAAUACCUAAGCUCAGUAAGACAGGCAGAGAGUAGGUGGUGGAGUCAGAUUUCUAGCCAGGUCUGCCUUUGAGCUUUUCCUUCAUGUAAGGAUGAUGUUGAGUGCACUUUGGAUUUAGAAUAGUCCUCACCUAACUGAGAGUGCAUUUUAAGGUUUGAGCCUCAUUUGGUGGUUUUUCUGAUUUACUGGUGGAAGAUUGGCCACAGAACUCUAAUGUUCUGCUGAGAGUUUGGAGGAACGGCCCUAUCAACCUGCUUGGUUAUAUUUUCUAAAACAAAAUUUGUUAUACAGAAUGGAAAUUAGGAAGAAUUCACCCGUGUUUCUUUUUGUUGUGAAGUUGGUCUAUUGGCUACUGUUAUCAAUUCUUAUUAAAAUUAAAGCACCUUAAUGUGUUCAGCAAACUCAUUGAGCCAAUAAAUAAAUAUUUUCAAGAGCUAUCUAGAUUACCAGGGCCACAUCCCCUUUCCUGUGGCUCCACCCUCUUUGACUGUUGGCCUGAGAAAACCUCAGUGUCUCCUGUACAGAUGCAGUUUCUCCCCAAAACCAAGAAGGCUUAGUGAAACCCUAGGAAAUAGGGAAGUCGUGGGAGAGAAGAAAGGACAAAUCCACAAGGUUCCUGGGUGGAGCUACCCAUGAACAGCAGCAAUGGCAAUGAUAAUGGCAAUGGGAAAAAUGGGGGGCUAGAACAUGUACCUUCCUCAUCCUCUAUCCACAAUGGAGACAUGGAGAAGAUUCUUUUGGAUGCACAACAUGAAUCAGGACAGAGUAGUUCAAGAGCCAGCUCUCACUGUGACAGCCCUUCCCCACAAGAAGAUGGGCAGAUUAUGUUUGAUGUGGAGAUGCACACCAGCAGGGACCAUAGCUCUCAGUCAGAAGAAGAAGUUCCAGAAGGAGAGAAAGAAGUCGAUGCUUCAAAGAAAAGCGUCGACUGGGUGUCCGACUGGUCCAGUAGACCUGAAAACAUUCCACCUAAAGAGUUCCACUUCAGACACCCCAAACGCUCCGUCUCUUUAAGCAUGAGGAAAAGUGGGGCCAUGAAGAAAGGGGGUAUUUUCUCCGCAGAAUUCCUUAAGGUGUUCAUUCCGUCUCUCUUCCUCUCUCAUGUUUUGGCUUUGGGCCUAGGCAUCUAUAUUGGGAAGCGACUGAGCACACCUUCUGCCAGCACCUACUGAAGGGAAGAACAGCCCCGGAGAAGCGGAGAAGCGUGUGACCUGUGAAGUGGUGUAUUGUCACAGUAGUUUAUUUGAACUUGAGACCAUUGUAAGCAUGACCCAGCCUACCACCCUAUUUUUACAUAUCCAAGUUCCAGUAACUCUCAGACCCAGUAUUUUAUUCAAACUCUGUUGAGGCAUUUUACUAACCUCAUUCCCUUUUUGGCCUGUAAGACACUUUAGAAUUUCCUAACAGAGUUUGCUGUUAUUUAGAAAUUUGCAAGGGCUUCUUUUCCGCAAAUGCCACCAGCAGAUUAUAAUUGUGUCAACAAUGCUAUCGUCUCCUUUUAGUGCCACCAGACUUAGACCUGCAUCAUUCAUGGUAUAAAUUUUAGUCUUGCAAGAUAACUACCAUCUCUCUCUUCAAAUGCGAUCAGGUUAGCAAAUGUUUUGUUUCGUUUCGUUUCGUUUCAAGGCAAAACAAACUUCCCUAAGCUUGAAUUUACAGUUAUUCAAAAAGAAAACAAAAAAAAACAAGACACAAGAAACAAAAUAUCCUGGGCAAUAAAAAAUCAUUUUAAACAAGCUUUGGAGCCACGUUUUGUCUGAACGGCCUCCUGGCGGCGCCUUUUAAUUUAUAGGAGGCCGGCUUCGUAAGGGGUGGGUAUGAAGCAGAGUAAGAACUGAACUACAUCAGCAGAUUUUAAUACUAGUAUGUUGUGAUGCUGUCUCCUCUAUGCUGUAGAAUCUUUAUUUCUUCUAAGGAACGUCUCAGGCCUAGAAAUACAUGAAAUUGCUUUGGGGAUUUAUGUGUGUUUAGUGUCUUUACGUUUAUUAGCUUUAGCUGCAUGUGAAUUUUUCAUGACUUUAAGUUUCGGUUUUGUGUUUUUGUUUUUAAUUCUUUUCUCAGAAGGGGCUUUGGAAUGAGUUCCAGUUUGCGGUAUAAAUACAGGCUUCUUGUUUUAGGAAGCGCCCCUUAUACUCUGAAGCCUUUAAACUCUGAAGAUAAUUAUUUCAGAGUGAUUCCAAGCACUUGUGCAACUUUGAAAACCAGACUUGGGUUGUGGGAACAGUUGACAAAGUUCUGAAAAGAUGCCAUUUUUUUUCUUUGGAUCUCUCCCUUUUUAAUGUUGACCUGCACAAGCCUCCCAAGGUGGUGCCUGAGACUGUGCGGGCAGUGGUCAUGUUCUCCUGGGGCCAUCUUUUCAGUCGUGCUCGACUCCUGCGGUUCCCGAGCGCUCAGCAGCUUCCUUCAGUGAUAGACUGUUUCUGUUUUGUUUGUUCGUUUCUAAAAUGUGAAGCUUUAGGACCAAACUGUUAGAAAGCAGCAGGAUUACCAGUUACUCCAAGUAGACUUAUUGGAUUUUGGAACACCUAGCAUGACUCUGAAGGGGAUACUAUUAUAUGUUUUAUAUAUAAAUAAUUACUGUUUAUGAUAUAGACAUUACUAUUGACUAUUUAGAGAACUUCUCAUUGUUAAUUUUAAAACUGGCCAUCUAUUCAUUAAAUAAAGUGCAUCAGGUUUGCCUUGGAUAAGAACACUGGCAGCCAGAUUUGCCAGUUUGCAGAAACUAACUCUCUUGUCUUUCACAUCAAGUUUUGUAAAAUGGACAUGUUAUAAUGGAAAGUAACCUACAGAUUAAACAAAAAAAGUUAAUUUCUGACUAUCUUUUUUCAGGAAUAUAGCUGGUUAUCUUUAAGAAAGAUGAUAUAUCCAAAAUAGUUUUCUGAAUUGUUUUCUUUCUAGCACUUGAUGCCUAAAUAAUUUUGGGUAUCUUUUUGUUAUACCUUGUUUCUAUCUUAUUCUCAAACCUGGUAACACUUGAUUUGCCUUCUGUAACCUAUUUAUUUCAAGUGUUCAUAUUUGGAUUUCUUUGGAAAGAAAGUGAAUCUGAUGGCCCACUGAUUUUGAAAAGCCUGAGUAAAAUUGGAAAGGCUGAUAAAGUUGAAAGCACUAAACUGUUAAACUGCUACAAUAUGCAACUCGCAUUACAACUGAUAUCCUGGCAGGGGGAAGUAAAAUCAACCUUAAAAUAAGAGCAGCUUUUUUACAGGUAACACAUUGCCCUCUUUUGAAACUCAGUAGCAAUUCUGUCAGUAGUAUGGUUGAACUUGGCUAUAUUUAUGAUUUUUUUCAACAUUGGAAAUAAAUUUAGUUCUGUCCUUUUUCUUAAAAUAUCUGUGAAAUUUUGGACUAUUACCUAAAACAUGAAUACAUGAUCACAGUAAAACUUCUCCUAAGAUGAAAUCAUGCAGUAUUUAUUGAUAGCCCUAACAUAUGGAAUACAUGUUUAUGCUCCUACCCAGAUUUGUGUUGAACAGAAACCAAUUGCAUGAUUGGAAGGGAGACUUCGACAAUUAACAGUUGACAUUUUAAGAUUAAUGUUUAAAAAGCUUUAUACCUGUUUACAAUUUGGGGAUGAAAAGGCAGGCUUCAUUUUUCUUGAUUGAUGAAAACUGGCUAAAAAUACUUGUAAAUAGAAUCAUGAGCAAAACUGCACAAACUUGCACAUUGAAAAGUGCAACAAGUUACUUUGCAGUAAAAAUAUUUACUACUCUAAAAAGUGAAAAUUGAAGACUUAGCCAGUCGGAUGAAUUUUUAAGUGAACCAGUUGUUGAAAUUAUUGGAAUUAACUGAGCCAAAGUGAUUAUGCAUUCUUCAUCUAUUUAGUUAGCACUUUGUAUCAUUAUAUACAGUUUACAAGACAUGUAUAACUUGUAGCUAUAAACAUUUUGUGCCAUUAAAGCUCUCACAAAACUUC